AUGACUCCCGUUGCCCGCGUCAUCGCCCGCCGGCCGUUUUCCAUGCUCCAGUCGCUGCGCGCCGUCGGCCGCGCCAUGGAGUCGCAUCCCUUUGAGCGGCUAUCUAACACGCAAAAACAUGCACCGGCCAAUUGGGCGGGCGAGGCGAAGCGUCUCAGCGUAAACCUAGCCAUGUUUGUUCCUGGCAUUGCUCUCCUGCUCGGCUGGCCGCUCCUCGCCGCCAAGGCUGUUGAUGUGCGACAGCCAAUCACACCUGCACCGGGAGCUUUAUCGGUCGCGACAUUUCCCCGCAUUGACGAGGGGGGUCGACGAUCCCAUCGGCCAUCGCCUCCCCCAGAUAACGCGAGCGAAAGUUGGCUGCGGCAGUUGAACCCUCUUGCUUUGUUUGGUGCAAGCUCAUCUUGGCUUCGCGCACCUAAACCCUCCAAUGCACUUUGCGCAGACAUCAAAAUGCUGACGCCAGACGAUGCCACAGUGAAGCGCGAUGCCGGCCUCGAUCUUCACCAAAGAGAUGACGCUGCGGCAGUACAGCAUGGGACGAACCGGAUGUACGGCGUCGCCAUGCCAGAUAUCCUUGCCAGCAUGAGCGGAGAAGAGCGCGACACGCUGGAGCGCCAUCUGCGGCGCAAGAUUGACUGGCGACUGCUGCCCAUGGUCAUCCUCAUGUACAUUCUCAACUACAUCGACAGGAACAACAUUGCCGCUGCAAGGCUGGCAGGGCUCGAGGAAGAUUUGAAACUUGAUGCCAGCGGCAACCAGUUCUCGACGGCUGUUAGCAUCCUCUUUAUUGGGUAUAUCCUCAUGCAAGUCCCCUCGAAUCUUCUGUUGAACAAGAUGGGAAAGCCGGGCAUUUAUCUACCUGCUUGUAUGGCUGUCUGGGGUGUCAUAUCAGCAGCGACGGCCUCAGUACACAGCUUCCGAGGCCUGCUCGCCUGUCGCUUUUUCCUCGGUUUCGUCGAAGCCGCCUAUUUCCCCGGAUGUCUAUACUACCUCAGCUGCUGGUACACGCGCAGGGAGCUCGGCGUGCGCACCACCUACCUGUACACCGGCUCGCUCCUCUCGGGGGCCUUUUCGGGGCUCAUCUCGGCCGGCAUCACCGGCAACCUGGACGGCGCGCGGGGUCUGCGCGCCUGGCGGUGGCUCUUUCUGAUUGAAGGCGUCGUCACCGUGGCCGUGGCCGGGGCCGUCAUCUUUGUGCUGCCCAACUUUCCGCGCACCACGCCGUGGCUGAGCGAGCACGAGGCGGCCAUGGCCGUCUGGCGGCUGGAGCACGACAUUGGCGAGGACGACUGGGUGAACAGGGAGGAGCAGACGUUCCUGCAAGGGUUCAAGGCGGCGCUCAAGGACCCCAAGAUGUGGGUGCUGCUCGUCGUCCUGGUGGGCAAUGGCGCCGCCGCAUCCAUUACUAAUUUCUUUCCCACCGUGGUGGCGACGCUCAAGUUCUCCAAAGUCAGGACGCUGCUGCUCACGGCGCCGCCGUAUGUGCUCGCCGUGCUGACCGCGCUCCUCAACGCGUGGCACGCGGACAGGACCGGCGAGCGCUUCUGGCACGUCUCUCUGCCGCUGUGCCUGGCCAUGGCCACAUACGUCGUCGCGGCGUCCACGACCAAUACCGCGGCCCGCUAUGCCAGCAUCAUGCUCAUGAUCCCCGGGCUCUUUAGCGGCUUCACGACGGCGUUUGCCUGGAUCAGCAACACGCUGCCGCGGCCGCCCGCGAAGCGCGCCGCGGCGCUGGGCUUCAUCAACGCCGUGUCCAACGCGCCGGCCAUUUACACGAGCUACCUGUACCCGGCCAAGGCGGCGCCGCAGUACGAGGCUGCCUUUAUACACAACUGUCUCAUGGCGGCCCUGGCGAUUGUCGCGGCGGGCGUGCUGCGGAUGAUGCUAGCGAAGCUGAACAGGAAGCUUGACAGAGCCGAGAGCGAGGGUGCGGUGGAAGCCGGGCCGGGCGAGGCUGUUGAGCUUGGCUUCCGUUUCUUGCUGUGA